AUGGAGAGGAAAGUGGGGAUUAUAGGAGCAGGUAUUAGUGGUCUAUUAGCAUGCAAAUAUGCCCUUUCUAAGGGUUACCAUCCCAUAGUUUUUGAGUCACGAAGCACCAUUGGUGGUGUUUGGUCCAAAACUUUAGAAACUACUAAGCUACAAACUCCUAAACCACUUUAUCAAUUUUCUGAUUUUCCUUGGCCUUCUUCAGUGGUAACAGAUUUCCCUGACCAUACCCAAGUUAUUGAUUAUCUUAAAUCUUACGCUAAUCAUUUUGAUUUGGUUAAGCACAUCAGAUUUAGCACCAGAGUGGUGAGUAUUAAGUAUGAAGGUGCAUCUGAUGAAGAGAACCGGCCCUGGCUUUGGGGUGGCAACGGUGACCCCUUUGGCAAUACGGGCAAAUGGGCUGUUACUGCCCAAGAUCUUCACAACCAAUCAGUUGAGCCUAUAAUUCGAGUAGAUUUUGUGAUUUUAUGUCUGGGACGAUUCAGUGAUGUACCAAACAUACCAGAGUUCCCCUCAGGCAAAGGGUCAGAGGUCUUUGCAGGGGAAACGUUGCAUUCUAUAGAUUAUUCAGCUAUGGAUUUUGAAAGUGCAAAAAAUUUGGUUAAGGGGAAGCAAGUUACUGUGGUGGGCUUCCAAAAAUCUGCAAUUGAUAUUGCAAUGGAGUGUUCAAUCGUCAAUGGUCUGAGAUAUCCAUGCACGAUAAUAUGUAGGACUCCACACUGGAAUGUAGCUGACUCCUUUCCGUGGGACAUAUUAUAUAUGAGCCGUUUUUCUGAACUCUUGCUCCAUAAACCCGACGAAGGUCCCCUACUUAGUAUCCUAGCCUCACUCCUUUCACCUUUGAGAUGGGGAAUUAGCAAAUUUGUGGAGAGUGAAAUUAAGAAGAAGUAUCCUAUUGAGAAAUAUGGCAUGGUACCAAAUCACAGCUUCUUACAAGAGAUGAGCUCUUGUUCUGUAGCCACAAUUCCAGAAGGGUUUUACAAUAAUGCUGAUAAAGGAAGCAUUAUUAUGAAAAGAUCUCCAAGCUUUAGCUUCUUCAAAGAGGGCAUUGUACUUGAUGAUAGCAUUGGACCAACAGAACAUAUUAAGAGUGACUUGGUUAUUUAUGCUACUGGAUUCAAGGGUGAUCAAAAGCUCAAAAACAUUUUUGAAUCUCCCAAAUUUCAAGAUCUUAUUACCGGCUCCUACAACGAGAUAGUUCCAUUAUACCGCCAUUGUUUGAGAAAGAGAAUUCCAUUUUUAGCAGUGAUUGGAUAUUCAGAAAGCAGUGCAAAUUUGUACACUUCAGAAAUAAGGUGUCGUUGGUUGUUUGAAUUACUUGAUGGAAAAUUUAAAUUGCCAAAUAUUAUAAAAAUGGAGAAAGAUAUCAAGGAAUGGGACACAUCCAUGAAGAGGUACGCUGGCAAGUACUAUAGAAGAUCUUGCAUUGGAGCAUUGCACAUUUGCUACAACGAUCAGCUUUGCAAGGACAUGGGUUGGAAACCAAAGAGAAAGAACGGAUUAUGGGCCGAGUUAUUCGAACCCUAUGGCCCAAUGGACUAUGCUUAA